AUGACCCGGCCUUCGCAUAAUACAACACUACUCCCCCGGCAACUCCGCGAAGAAUUAGGCCUCAAAGAUACGUCCCAAACUGGCGCAAGACACAGUGGUGCCCGCAACGAAUUGUCGCGAAAGGAGCGUCGGAAAGCAGAAAGAUCGCGGAAAGGAACCGGACCACAACAGGGGAGGAGCCAUAAUCAGAAACGGAAGCAGAGAGACGAGGCUUUUGACGAUGGCCAUGGAGGAAAGCGAGCGAAAGCGAGGCAACCUGAUAAGCCACAGAAGCUUAAGUCGAUUUUGAAAAGGACGAACCCUGUGGAGCCGGAAUCCGAAGAGUCUGACUUGGAUAACUUGGACAUUGACCUUGAUGAAGGGGAAGAUGAAUACGAAGACUCGGAAGUUGACCCGGAGCCGAAUCAUCGCAAAAUACCUCAGGCCGUUCAGGACAAGCUCACAGAAGAUGAUGCUGAGAUCGCGGCUUUGGAAAAAAAGCUUGGUCUUAAGAACAAAAAGAAAUUACCCAAAGUGUUUGCGGAAGACGGAUUGGGCGACUUGCUAGGCGAUUUAGAAUCAGGAUCGGACGCUGAGGAGAAGAAGCGCAAGAGAGAGGGAGAAGAGUGGCUACAACGAAAAAGACAAAAGGCACAGAUGUAUACUGAGCGUGCGGGCGAACAUGCUACGGAUAGUGAGGAAAUGGAUGACGAGGACGAGGAGGAUGAAGGAGAAGACUUUAGCCAGAGUGAGGACGACGAAUUUGAGGGCUUUGACGAUGAUAACGACGAAUUAGCGGCUCAAAAACCAAAACAAAGAGAGAAUCCCUAUCGGCCUCCUGGCGCUGCCAGUGAUGUAGCCGCUACGAAAUACGUCCCCCCAUCCAAACGGAUACCGUCCUCCGAAUCAGAAUCCUCUUCACGGCUAAGAAGGCAAAUUCAAGGCCACUUGAACAAGCUGUCAGAGGCUAAUAUGAUAUCUAUUCUCGGUGAUAUUGAGAGCCUCUACCGGGAACACCCUCGACAAACUAUGACGUCCAUGCUCAUUGAGCUAUUAUUUGGCCUAGUUUGCAGCGGGGGCACUUUGAAUGACACAUUCAUCAUUCUUCACGCGGGUUUCAUUGCUGCCUUAUAUAAGGUUGUGGGUAUGGAAUUUGGUGCAGAAUUUAUCCAAAAUAUUGUGGAACGCUUUGAUUACUUGUACGAGAUGGAGGAGAAGGAGGAACCGAACAAGAAGAGUAUGACGAAUAUGUUGUCGUUGCUAUCUCAUCUUUAUAAUUUCCAUGUCAUCGGAUGCGGCUUGAUGUUUGACUAUAUUCGUUUGUUCUUGAAAACUAUCAACGAGUUGAACACCGAGCUGCUCCUGAAAGUGGUGCGAAACUCUGGCCCACAACUCCGGCAAGAUGACCCUUCCGCUCUCAAAGACAUUGUGCUCCUCAUCCAGCCGGCCGUAGCCCGGGUUGAAGAAGCCACGCUUUCAGUCCGUACCAAGUUCAUGAUCGAAAUGAUCACCGACCUCAAAAAUAACAAGCUAAAAAAUGCCCCGGGGGCAAGUAUCUCAUCAGAACAUAUCACAAAAAUGAGGAAGAUUCUCGGUUCGCUCAACACAAGGGCUACCAGAGCUACCGAACCUUUGCGGAUUGGGCGGGCGGAUAUCCACAAUUCCGAUAAACGGGGCAAAUGGUGGCUCGUGGGUGCGAGUUGGAAAGCGGGAUCAACUAGCAACGCGGAUACUGACAUGGCCAAUGUCAAUCCACACGCGGUUCUCCCAGAUACCCUGGACGACGAUCUAGGCGACGGCCGGGCUGUAGAUCUGGCUCAAUUGGCUAGAACACAUCGAAUGAAUACCCAGGUUCGCCGGUCAAUUUUCGUGGCAAUAUUGUCUGCGUCCGACUGCCAGGAUGCUCACGUACGCCUGACGAAACUGCGCUUGAAACGAAAUCAAGAAACUGAGAUCCCGCAAGUUCUCAUCCAUUGUGCUUCGGAAGAAGCGAUAGAAGAAUGA